AUGUCAGAAAGAGCCAUUGAAUAUGCAACACGAUCUGACGUCGAUCUUGAUGCACUGCCUUACGUUGAUCGUGAUCUUGAUGAUGAAAAUAUAAAAGCAGAAGUCGAAAGACUGAUUGAACAAGAAAUGCGACGCAUGAAAAGAACAGAAAAAUCUAGUUUACCUACGACAAUCAAUCUGUUUGAAAACGACGAGACAUUAAAAGAAGAAUUUGAACGAGUACAACGAAAACAGGUACUUGAUGUCUUAGAUACCGAACGAUACGAACUCAAAGGGCCUUCAAACGAAGAAGAUAUCGAAGCUUGGAAGGCAGCAGUCAAUAAUACAAAGUCUCAACUAGAAUCUCAAGCUGGAAGCAUGUUUAACUUGGAGUUACUUUCAAAAUAUGGGGCAAAUGCAUGGCGAGUACACAAUUAUCAAUUGGAAACGUAUCUCAAAUAUAUCAAAUCAAAUACUGACCGUCUUCGUAAUGAGAUUAUCGAAAUCAAUAAGCAGCGUAAGGCAGAUCAAACGGCAGCAGCGGCCACACUGGCCUCACUAGAAAACAAAUGGUCGGAUCUGAUCAGUCAGAAUUUACAAGUGGAAAUUGCCUGUGCAGCGCUUGAAGGUGAAUUGCAUGAACUAAGAUCACAUCAUAAGCGAGCAAGGAAAUAA